UGGUGCGAAUCGGUCUCUUCUGAAUCGUACGCUUGUUAUUCUUUUCAAACAAAAUGGCGGGUUUGGAUCCAGAUGAGACUGUUAGCAAGUUAGAAGAAAUGUUCAAGAAGACAGAGGACGACAUUGAACGUGUUACCAGUCGACUGGAGGCAGACUUUGCUCUGGAGAAGUCUGAAGAACAGGAUCAGGCAGCAGGCCUGGAAAAUGAUGUUCCUCAAGAAGUCUUGGUGCAGAGGUUAGGUGAGGUGAAGAAGGAGUACUCCUCCCUGGUGAGGGAGGCUGAGGAGGUGAGGAAGAUGCAGGAGGAGAUGUCUCUGUUCUUCCAGUCCCAACUCAUGGAGGCCUGUCAGAUGCUGCAGCAACUACAGACUACACCAGGCCCUCAGGAGGGAACAACAGAGGAACAGGAAAAACUACAACAAGAAGAGAAUGACAGAAGAAAAGAAGAAGAGGAAGAAGGUGCAGUAGGAGGUGAACCUUUACAGGUAUCUAAAACAGGUACAAGUUGUGAUGAUCGGCCACCAACCUGAGUCUGUAGACAGUCUAUAGCUGAUGUAGCAGAUACAGGGAAAUUAUGCUGUUCAUCACAACUAGUCAACAAUGUUGUUUCAUAUACAUGGGAAGAAGUGUUACUUCAGAAGUAUGAGCUGAAAAUAGGUAAAAAAUUAUCUCUGCCAGUGCAGCUCACUGAGGAGCUAUUUUUCCAUUCCACUGGACAUGACAGAGAAAACAGAAGCUAUGAACAGUUUUCACAGGUUCAUUGUGCUGGGGAAAUUCCCUAUAGCUCUUUAAUUUUUGACAAGUACAAUAAACAGUGGACUCUGGCCAAUUCUAGUAGCGUACAUGUUGGUUGAGUGCUAACAGCUAUGAUUCGAACUCCCAACCUUAUGGUCCAGAGGUAAGGUCGUUAACCAAGGGAUUAUGCACGCUACUCAAAUGAUAGACCAGCAUACUUCUGAAAAUAAUGGACUGUAUAGAAUGUUAUUGCUAGUCUCUACUAGAGUCCUUUGUAUCGCUGAAAUGCUUGAGAAUAUGGUAAAAAUGGGCAAAACAGAAUAGCAUGUUGGAGGAAUAAGCCGAAUGUCGGGUUCCAUGUUGGCAUCCCUGAUAUCCUUAUUACUAUUUUUCAGCUACUCAAGGAGUCUGGUGUAAUCAAGGACGUUGUAUAAGAAGGAUAGGAAUAUAGCAUCCUUGGUAUAAUCUGUAUUGUUCAUUAUUGCCUUUUGAACGGAGUACAGGCAUAUGGUUACAAAACUACAAAAAAUAAUUAUUAUUCAUUCACCAAUGGUUAUCGAGGAAUGGCCAAAGGGCACAGUUAGUGCUCAUGUUCCUCAAAAAUAUCAAUACAGAUUUUUACAGAGGAUAUAUUAUGGUAACUUUUGGAGACCCAACCCACAAUUUUGGGAAACUAAACACUGGGUGGUCUGUUUGAAUGUCCCCAUCUGGUAUCGCUUUCUCCUUGUAGCACCAUGGCAUGUGAAAGGCCCUGGACAGCACCUUUGGAAGUGUCACUCCAUCAUCAAAGCUCAAUGGAUAGGUUGAGCUGUCAUCAGUAAGUCCUGUAAUACUGGGAUUUAGGCCAAGACUGAACAUGUUUCGUGUCAAGAACACGAAAACUUUGCUACAAGCUACAAAUCAAAAUGUCAUACAUGGUGUUAAAGAUGGCUGAAGGUUAGCAACAAAUAGUUGGCAGUGUCAAAAAAUGUAUCACUAUUUGAUUGAAAAACCAUGUUAACUUGAAUUACUUAAACCAGGACUAUACUUCAAAAGAGAUGACAAGUAUGCACUUAAAGUGAUAAUAAGUAGCAAACUAAAGUUGCCAUUGGUUCUGUGGUGUAUACACAAGUGAAACAAAUGUAUAAAAUGUACAUACCUUUCCUAUUUACUUGUUGAAGAAUAAAAAGAUAUGAUAUGAAAUAUACUAAAGCACAAUA